AUGUGCAAUUGCACGGUCAUCUCCGCCUUCUACGGCGAGAGGGUCGCCUGCCACAUCUGGGACUCAGGCCGCACCUUCACAUCCAACCCCGUCUGGGACCAGUAUGGGUAUACCUCCACCUACACCAAAAUCGAUUUCAUCUAUCAGUCCGGUGACACGGUGCAAGCACAGGUUCAAAUUUUGAAUGAUGGGAAGGAGGGCAUCUUGGGGGGCACUCUCUGCACCGCCACCGUCACCAUCUUCGACCUGGCCUCCAGGACGGAGCUCUACAUCCACAACGCGGACGGCAGCCUGAACACCGGCAUCUUCUGGCUGGCCAACGCGGUGACCUCGUCCAGGACCUUUGUAUCCCACCAGAACAACCAGACCGCCACCGCCCGCUCCUUCCUCGGCAGCCGGACGUCCCAGAUGUCGGAUGCCGUGACCCGUCGGGCGGUCUCCCACCUGCUAGCCUGCCUUGGCAGGCAUGCCUGUGACCCCCGCCUGGGCCCCGGGGUGUGGCAGCUGGCUGCCAUCUGGCUCCGGCGCCUGGAGCUGGACGCAGGCGAGCAAAACCCCACCGACCCAGCUGCGCGCCAGGUGGCGGGCAUGGCCCUGGGCCUGCUGCGCAGCCCCGACGCGGCUCGCCUCCCGGACCCCCUCUUCUCCGCCCUGGUGCUCUGCGCCGGGGGGGCCCGGGCAUGGCUGGACGCCGCCCUCCUGCGUGCCUCCCUGGCCGAGGCCCUGAUGGCCCGUCCCCCGCCCCAGUCCUGGGCCAGGGCGGGGCUGGCAGUGCACGGCGCGGCGGCUGCGCUGGAGGGCGGCGGCUACGCGACCCCGGCGGGGGCCUGGCUCCUGGCCACGCUCCUGGCCUGGGUCGAGGGCUGCCCCACGCCCGCCUCCCUGGCGCCCGCGGUGGUGGGCAUGGUCGGGCGCGCGGUGGCGGACACCGGCGGCGCGCUGCUGGCGGGGACCGCCGCCCUGGCCUCGACGUCUCGGAGCCGGAAUGAGCCGCUCUUCAUGGCGGCGGUGUUCCUGCUCGCGAGCGUGUGGGAGGGGCCCGGCUCGACCCCGGUGGUUGCUGGGGGGAGCCAGGGUGCCCCAGGACCCAGCGCCCCAAGCGCCGGCGCAACAGUUCCAGACCCGCGCCUGGCCGCGCGCGCGCUGCACUGCCUGGCGCUGCUCCAGCACACCGCCAUGGCCCUGGCCCCCUAUGCGGCCCUGGUUCGCGCCUGCGUGGAAAGCGCGGCCGGCGACGUGUGCGGCGCGGACGAGUUCCUGCGCCGGCUCCCGACGGACCCGGGUGUGCUGGGGAGCGCGGGGCUGGCGGAGAUGGUGGUGACCCUGGUGGAGCACCUCGGCGCCGGCAGUCCAGCCGGGCCCCUGAUGCUGGAGGCCGUGGCCACCGAGAGUGCUGCGCUGCUGGCGGACGAAAGGACGAGAAAUGCGGGGCUCGAGCUGUACAGGACCCUGACGCUGUCCCUGCUGGUGUGUGCCCACCCCAGCUUCGAGUUCGGGCUGCGCAAAUCGCGCGAGGUGCUCCGGAGCCUGUCCGUCACGACGCGCGAGGAGGGCCUUGCCAUUCUGCGCGAAGCGGCGGGGGCGUGCGAGGAUUCUACCCGCCGAAUACGGCUGGUCAGGACAUGCCAGGAGGCGGCAAGGGACCUGCAUGGGGCGCUUCCAAAGACAUCGGCUCUGUGA